AUGAACAACAACCUCAAUGCUCAAAUCCUUUGGCUAAAGAGACAAAAAGCCUAUGAGCCUAACUCAGGGUUUUUAAAAAGAGUACUUACUGAGAAAGUAGCCGAUAAGCGGCCUAGGAUCGAAGAACGCGUUAUGAGCCCGCGGUCAAGCAGCGCUUUAAAUUUGGAGCAAGGACGUAGACCGGUUUAUGAAAACGCUGAAAGCACGCUGGCGUGUAGCGUAGAAGUUGACCAAUCACAAAAUGCUAAAUCUAAACCUCACUCGACGCAAAGGCAAGGGCUCUCAAUGUCGAAUCCCGAUCCUCAAAUUCGUUCAUCAGCUUAUUCUCAGUCAUCUGAAAGAACCGUUUCGAUGCCUGCAACAUCAUACGUGGAGUCGGGGAGUCUAAGCUCUAACAACUUGGUUAAUGUUUCGCGUAAGCGGAUAUCUGAGAUUCCAUUAAAACCGACCCGUAGCGAAAGCCAACCGCAACCAAACUUAAUACAGACACAAGCUAAGCUCAUAGAGCUACUGCGACAGCAGUCAAAAUUACUGAUGCAGAAGUGUAGCAUCAUUGAAUCAACAUCUCUAUCCGAAGAUGCAAAACGUCAGAGGUUGGCUUCAGAAGUAAACCCUACUUUGAAGAGGCUACAACAAGAGUUACAAGCACAGGAACACCUGGUAGAUAAAUAUACCCAAUCUCAGUCGGUAACGACUCAUACAGCUGAUAAAGAUUACAUGGCGCCACUGCUAUCUCGCGCCGCGGCGCCCACGCAGAAAGAAGAUAGCAACCACCAAUUGGCCAAUGAGCCUACAUCAAGUUGGAAAUCUGCUCCCCCUGACUUAGUAACUGUUCUUGAUGAGGAAGAUGAGGAUGAAGAGGACGAAGAGCCGGUUGUCAUAUCACAGAAAGUAAUUGAGAAGCGGUCAACUCACAAUUUGGACGGCGAAACCAAUAAUCAGAGAAAACUACGAAGGCAGAAGAAUAUCAAUUAUAAAAUUCCCAGUCUAGAGGACAGUUUCAAUUACAAAAUGGGGCGUGGAGAUUCUCAAAUUGAAGAAAACGAUACCACAAUGGAAGCUGAACCAGAAGAUUCCAAUUUCCUCACUACAGAGGAUGAAAUGCGCGACGAAGUUCACAGCAGCGAUAGGGAUUUCGUCGAAGAUGGGUUGCAGAACUUCUUAGGGGAUAUAGAGGAUGCUGAGUACAAUAGUGUAGAUGGCGAUCAUUCAAAUACCGAAAAUGGCGCCGAUUGUACACCCCAACCUCCAUCUUGUGUUAAUAUAUCGACUCCUCAUAUUGAAGUAAUUGGGUCUUCACCUUUAAACUCCAACCGCAAGGCUGAUGGCCAACAUUCAACACAUCGAACGCCGGAGCUUGAUUUAGUUGAAAAAGAAAAGUACAAUGAUGAUUUUGAAUACGACUCUAUUAUUGACAGCAUACAACAUACCGCAAUCAGUAAUAACGAUGUGCUAAGAGAUCCUAUAGUAGAGUCAUUAGAUUUGAGUGUACCUCAAAGAAGCCAAGCUGCGCUUGAAGAGCUUGAUGAUAUCUUCACAAACAGUGAUCUUGAUGAUUUCGAAGAUUUUGAUGCUGAGAGAGAAUAUCAGACCCAAAAAGCGGAUUUGAAAGAUCUAGAUGACGAUCUGAAAAUCAUAUCCGAACAAAAACUGGAUCAAGCGAGUUUUCCAGUAUUGCAUGUCAAGAAGGAAGUGAUAAAUGUGGACUCUCUAUUCGACGAAGAGCAAGAUAGUGCAUUUGAUGAUGAAGAUGAUUUUUCGUUAAGUGAAAUUCGGGGCUCGAAAAGGAAGUCGGGUAAGGAGGUCAAUUCUACCGAGAUCAAUUCUACCAAUGCUUCAUUGCCAACCUAUUUAUGGACUAAUGAAGUCAAUUAUCGCCUUCGCAAUGUCUUCAGAUUGCCAGGAUUUCGACCAAAUCAGUUGGACGCUAUAAAUGCUACAUUGGAAGGAAAAGAUGUGUUUGUGCUCAUGCCUACAGGAGGUGGUAAAUCACUAUGCUAUCAAUUGCCUGCCAUUGUUAGAUCUGGUAAGACGUGUGGGACCACGGUUGUGAUUUCACCUCUCAUUUCCUUAAUGCAAGAUCAAGUUGAACAUUUGCUAGCAAAAAAUAUUAAGGCGUGUAUGUUUAGUUCCAAAGGUACUGCGGAACAAAGGCGGCAGGUUUUCAACUUGUUUAUCAACGGUUUACUGGAUUUGAUUUACAUAUCACCCGAAAUGAUAAGUGCUUCAGAGCAGUGUAAAAAAGCAAUAAACAAACUUUACAGAGAUCAGAAAUUGGCAAGAAUUGUAGUUGAUGAGGCUCACUGUGUCUCUAACUGGGGUCAUGAUUUUAGACCAGAUUACAAGGAGCUGAAGUAUUUUAAAAAUGAGUACCCUGAUAUUCCUGUCAUGGCGCUAACAGCAACAGCAAGUGAACAGGUGAGAAUGGAUAUUGUUCAUAAUCUUCAGCUAUCAAAUCCAGUUUUGUUAAAACAGAGUUUCAACAGGACUAAUUUAUUUUAUCAAGUUGUCAAAAAGGGCAAAAACGCUGUAUUCGAAAUAAGCGAUGCUAUCAAAUCCCGAUUCCAUAAUCAAACUGGUAUCAUAUAUUGCCACUCUAAAAAUUCAUGUGAACAAACUGCCUCUUUGCUGCAACGGAAUGGUAUUAACUGCGCAUACUAUCACGCGGGGAUGGAAUCUGACGAAAGGAUGCAGGUCCAACAAGCCUGGCAGUCGGACAACAUCAAGGUUAUUUGUGCGACAGUCGCCUUUGGUAUGGGGAUUGACAAGCCUGAUGUUAGAUUUGUCUAUCACCUCACUGUUCCCCGAACUUUGGAAGGCUAUUAUCAGGAAACAGGUCGUGCAGGUAGAGAUGGAAACUUUUCUUAUUGCAUCAUGUAUUAUUCUUUUCGUGACGUCAGAACAAUACAAACAAUGAUACAGAAGGAUACGAAUUUAGAUCGAGAGAACAAAGAAAAGCAUUUAACAAAACUACAGCAGGUGAUGCAGUAUUGUGAAAAUACGACCGAUUGUAGGCGGCAGCUGGUCUUGUCAUAUUUCAAUGAAAAAUUUGCUAGUGAGCUUUGUCAGAAUAACUGUGAUAACUGUAAAGAGAGUCGAAACACUAUCACAGAAGAAAGAGACAUGACUACGGAAGCCUUGCAAAUUGUUAAUCUAGUUAAAUCUGUUCAAGAUGAAAAGGUAACGCUAAUACAUUGUCAGGACAUAUACAAAGGAUCAAGAAAUUCAAAAAUCGUACAAUUGGGGCAUGAUAGGCUUCAAUUUCAUGGUCAAGGUAAGAAUAUGAAUAAAUCUGAUAUUGAACGUAUAUUCUUUCAUCUCGUAACCACCCAGGUCUUGCAGGAAUAUUCUGUGAUGAACGGGCGCGGCUUUGCCUCCAACUACGUCAAGGUUGGCCCUAAAGCAAGACAACUUCUGAAUAACAACGCAAAAAUUCGUAUGCAAUUUGUUGUUAGUAAUGGUAUGGCGUCGAGAAGUUCACCAGCGCCUUCCAACUUCGAAAAUCGCCCGACGUCUGCUGAGGCAAGCCGAAUCAUUAACGGGGCAAACAAUAAUUCUGUUCCUUUUAAAAGUGCAAAGACACAUUUACGUGAUUUUGUUUACCAGGGAUAUAACACUACGUCAAGUGACACUCGUCAAAGAACAGAGACGAGGCCAAUUAUUCUUGAGGACAACACCAAUAUGCUUUCGACUUUGGAGCAAGCAGAAAUUACAUAUUCUUACCACAAGCUGAAAGAUAGGGCUAGUGAAAUUGCAAGAGAACUCAAGUUUAACAGUUUUCUGACUGUUAUACCUGACUGUGCUUUAAGAAAAGCAGCCGUCGUUUUGCCAUCAUCGGUGAAUGAAUUUGCAGCCCUACCGGGUUUAAAUGUGAACCAAACAAAAUAUUACAAAUAUUUCAAGAAUAUCAUGAUAGAACUGAACCAGAGAAGGAGGAAUAAAAGUAAACGAGGUAGUUCAAGUCAGACUGGUUCAGUAUCACCAUGGUUCCAAAAUGAUGAGUUUCAAGAGGAUGAUGGAAUGAGGCAGCAAACAGAGGCAAUUUUAAAUCAAAUAAGAGAAACACAAGUUGCAUUAUCACAGCCUGGGAGGUUAUUGAAACAAACGGAGAGCAACGUAAGCAAGAGAGGAAAUUCUACAAAAGGUAAAAGAACAAGAAGGAAGUGGUUUGCAAGAAAUCAUCGCAAAGCAUAA